UUCCCGCAGGGAGGGGGGAAAAGCGGAAGUAGAACAGAGCGGUUGCCUAGGCGACGGAGAUACCAACACAGGCUUGGCUGUGGUGAGCUAGGCCGCUCAGAAACAUGGCGAGGAGGGUUUACUCGGCCGCUCACUUGCGGUACACCUUGGACGAUGCGGAAUCCUGGGCCCAACGCCUGCGCGCCCAGUACCGCAAGGUCCUGGCUCCUCUCACCCUUUUCCCGGGUUCCUACUCUCGAGUGCGGGCCCCACUCCCAGCCGAGGCCGAGGCUGAUGCGGCCUACUCCUCCUCCUCCUCCUCCAAGAGGCCUUCCUCCGCCAGGGCCACCCUAUCCACGGUGCCCAUCUCCCAGGCAGCCCUGCUCCAGAUGGUGAGCCACAAGAUGGAGCUGGGCCCGCAGUGGGCCAAACACAUCCCUCUGACGCAUCAGCACGCCUUCCGGGAGAUCAUCCUGGCCGAAGUGCGGCACGCCUACGCCGAGAUCCAGCGCAGCCUCCACGACCCGGCUUUCGAAGCCCGGGUCAACCGGGAACUGUACCAACACCUGGUGACCUACGUGGGCCUGGUCUCGCAGCACCUCUUCCUGCACUACCUGUGCCUCAUGAAGAACCACUGCUCGCUCAAGGUCUUCACCGACUAUGCCAACCUCACCCGCUUCUCCUCGCAGCUCGCCUUGGACUGCAGCCGCUUCUUGGACAUGGCCGCCGUGCGGCACCACCUCGUGGUGGAGAUGAAGGCCUCGCGCAGGCGCCGGAGCCUCUCCCCGCGCAAGGCGACGCUCGUCGGAGAGCGCCCGACCCGCUCCAUGGGGUGCCGCCUGGGCUUCACCAUCGGGCACUUCAUCCGCCUCACUCAACCCCGCACGCCGGCUCUGAGGCAAAAGAGAGCUCAGGAUAUCAAGGAGCUGGAAGAGAUCCCGCCGUUGGAUAUGUGGAAGAUCAAGGAACUGCGGCUCCCUACAAUGGAAAGCAUGAUCAGGGCCACGUUGUGCGCUGAUGUCACCCCGCCAUGUCCGGGAAAGGACAAAAGCAAGACGGAGGCAGAGAAGAAGAAAGCUCCUGUUAGGAAAAGCCACUCUUUGCCCAAUAUGCGAGCCGGGCAGCUGCUGGCGGACGAGUUGGGGAUCUGCAUCACACCUCGGCGCCUCACUCCAGAUUUGCCGUUCCGCUGCGUGGAAGGCGAGGCGAGCAUGGACGCAAGCAGCCUGGCGGAAGAUCUGCGGAGGCUGGUGCAAGGGUCCGUGCUGAGGAGCGGGCACGGGAAAGAAGAGGAAGAAGACGGCUUGGACCUCCCUCCGUUGCUGAAGGUCUUGACGCGCCGCAAGGCCAACGAGACCCGGAUGGAGCACCUCCAGAGGAUGCUGGCUUCCUUGCGGCAUGAAGAGAGCUCCGAGUGGAAGCGGAGGAAUACCAUUAUUGCUGCGCCGGCAUCUCACCCGCAAGCGACAACAGUGAACUUCAAAGUCCACGAGCAAAUGGUGGUGAAGGCAGCCGACCUGCAAGUCUCGGAAAGGGUCUAUUCCGAGGCCAUCGUCGUGGAAAGAUCCCUCCCGAUAUACAAUCACCUCCUCGGGGAGAUAAACAACGCCACUCUGAAGUCUCUGGAUGCCAGCCUUUUCGUCGGGGAAGAGGUCCGGGAGAUGUACAAGGAGCUGAUGAAUACUGUCCCAAAAGACCACCUGAAUUUUGACCUUGGGCCCUUGAUAGAACCUUAUGCUACCAAACUAGAUUUGUCAGUUUGUUUCGCUUCUUCGACGCUGACCAGGAGGAAAAGUGAGCAGGUCGUGAACGAAGAGCUGGCUAACAUCCUUCCCGCCGGGCCUUUCUCCCCAGAGGAAGUGGUGGACACGCUGAAGACUCCAAAUCUCCCUUUCAAGAAGCCCAUGAGUAAAAAACAGCAUGCGUCUUGGCUGAAAUGGUGGAAGAACACCUUCAACAUUGAUGACUACCUGAACUACAUCGCGACCAAAGAGUCCGACUUUUUGCCAGUGAUCUUCCAUUUGUACAGCGUUGGUGGAGACGUUGAGGAGGACCUGCGGCAGCAGGCGAUCCAUGAGGCUGAAGUCAAGCAACAAGAGAAAGUGAAGAGAAACUCAAUUAAGAAAGCUGCCCAGGUCCAAUUCAAGGAGGAAUUCUUUGAGCCUAAGAAAGCUGCCAAGGUCCAAUUCAAGGAGAAAUCGUUUGAGCCUAAGGAAGCUGCCAAGGUCCAAUUCAAGGAGGAAUCGUUUGAGCCGCAGUGGAGGCCUGAGAGCACGGCGAAGAUGGAACUGGGAGCUCUAGUUCCUUACGACCACAAGCCUGAGGAUCUCCGGGCCCUGCAGAGAAGGCUGGAAAGGCUCUGGACCGUCCUUCAUUUCUCAGAGUCAGAGAGGCUCAAUAUGGCCAUCAAGUACAGCUCCAACCAAUACUAUUUCUUCCUCCCCGACAUGCUCAAAGCAUGGGAGGAGGCGGCCCAGUUAAUCCAGGAGCGGGAGCUCUUGCUGGCCGAACUGGAAAGCUUUGAGCAGACAGCGUCGGACCCAAACCGCUUGUUCAGCCAAGAGCCCCAGGCUUUUGCCUUGCGGAUGAAGGAAUCCAGAAGAAGGGACCACCUGCACAAGGAGCUGGCCUGGUAUAAUUCGGAGCUCUAUGAAGUCCUGACCGAGAUCAAAAAGGAGUUCAACGACACGGUGACGUUCCGAGGACGGCCCUACAUGGAGAAGAUGCAAUGGGACAAAGUGGAGAUGCUGUACUGGUUGCAGCAACAGCGCCGCGGAAGUGCCUUGAAGAGGCACACCAAAACAGGGAGACAGAGGAGGCUCCCCCCUCUUACUUAGAUGUGUUGCUCUUUGAAUAUGCACCAAAACGGCAGUUGGGAAGGCAACCAUAGAGGCUA